UAUUCGAGCCGUACGACCACCAGUCAGCGAUUUCUACUUUUCCACGUACGAAUUCGGUUACUCGACACGUUUCUCAGCCAGUCUCCCGUUGGUAGUUCGGUUUGAUGUGCGUUUCUCCGUUACCGAUAUUCGGUGCUCCGUUCGUUUUCCGUAGUUCACAGAUGUCGUUUGUGAUUUCAUUAAUUCCAUAGACUUAUUGUAACUGGAAACCAGUUUUGUUGAUUAUGAAAAAAGAUUUCUGAAGGAUGCACACGAUGGAAGACCCUAACAUUGGACCUCCGCCUCUACCACCAAAAGCACGAAAAUCCCCUCCAAUGGCUGGUGCAACGGUACUUACAAACUGCAUCAUACGAGACAACUUUAAUUACAAACACAGUUUCGAGAACACUGUAGACGUUGAACAGCAAACUAACUCGAAUACACACGUAGUAAAAAUUCAAAUAAAUCCUUCUCAAGAGUCCUACUCCAAUGGUUCUAUCAAUACAACCAGCGUGACGUGUGUUGUGUCGCCCUGCAUUAAAAUUAGUGUUAACACGUCGGAAGGUGAAAUGGUUCAAAAAACGAUGGUUGAUUCAUCGACAGAGACAAAUGAAUACUUCUUUUAUGAUCAGUUUCACGGUGAGGUUAUGUCGAGCGGUCAAAUUUCUCCAAGCGACACCCUCGACUCUGGCACUUGCAGUGAUUUGGAUAGUUCUUUUCCAUCUAUCAGCUCCAGAAAGAAAACAGGAAUAUCUGUUACUAUAAUUGGUGAGAAAACGAAAACACCAUCUGGCUUGAAUAGUAGUGUUAUUGAGGCAAACAGCGAUGAUAAUGAAAAAAAUGAUUCCUGCGGAGAGAGAAGAAAAACGAUAGAUACUCAACAACUGAUACCUACGACACGGGCUUCUUCAAAUUCUCUUCCUCAGACUCUUUUGCAAGACAUACGUAAUGCUAAAUUUUCUGUGGACCAAACAGUAAAACCAAUACUAAUAAAAGAAUUGUCGUUUGAAGAAGAAAAAGAAACCAAAAAGUGCAAUGAAAUCAUCGGUAGUAACAGGCUGUAUGAAACAGACAAAUAUUAUAAUUUUCAUUUGAAUGAAAAUGAAUCCAGUGGUCCGUUCGUGUCUUAUGAAAAUGAUGAAGUGGGUGAGAGUUUUGCGGGUUAUAAGGAUUUGUUAGGUGAUGGAGCUUCUACUAUAAGAAGUGCUAAAGGUACCGUGCGAGGUGUUAAAAACAGAGUACGGGCUGGGAUUGCAACUUUCCUUCAGAUCAGCUCGAAUACAAAGACCUACAAAGAGAAAGAAGCCGGCAAAGUAGUUGUGUACACAACAUCCAUGGGCAUAAUUCGCGACACCUAUCAAGCCUGCAUGAAAGUGAAGCAAAUCCUGCGUACCCUUCUAAUCAAAUUCGAGGAAAGAGACGUGUUCAUGAGUAUUGAAUGUCAGCAGGAGAUACGGGAACGAAUGAGAUGUGAUUUUAUUCUUGUGCCACAGGUCUUUGUUGAUGGGCAACACGUGGGGGACGUUGAAACCCUCGAGAAACUAAAUGAGUCUGGUGAACUGAGAAGGAUCUUGAAGCCAUUCAAGACUAUGAAUGCUUGUUUAUCUUGCGAAGUUUGCGGUGGUUACCGUCUCCUUCCUUGCACAGUCUGUAACGGAAGCAAGAAAUCCGUCCACCGGAACCAUUUCACUGCCGAAUUCGUGGCCCUUAAAUGCAUGAAUUGUGAUGAAGUGGGCUUAGUGAGAUGUACAGCCUGCUGCUGACAGUUCAGGAAAUUCAUUCCCAAGAUAAAUCAAGAGCAAUAUCAUCAUUUUAUUAUUCACUGAGUUUAUUUAUAAUGAAUUUUUAGUAUUUGUGUCAUAUAGUUGUAUAUGUAAUGUUUUUUUAUAUUUCGCAUUAAAUUUUAAUUUCGUUGAUA